AUGCAUAAUAAUCGAGCCAAAAUCAUUCCUCAAAAUAAUUCACCUCAAAAUUAUUUCAAUGCGCAGCAAGAAAGUUUUGGAUAUGGCAAGUUUAAGCCAGCAUGGCUUCAAUUCGCAAAUGCAAGUCCAUUUUUACUGGCAGCAUUAUGCUUAUGUGUUUUAUGUCAGGGAAGCAAUGUGAAUGGUUUCAUUUCGAUCAGUAUAUCCUCAAUAGAAAAACGCUUCAAUCUGUCAAGCGCACAAGCCGGACUUUUCACUGCCUUUUACGAUAUAGCUUUUAUUUUAGUGCUCAUACCGCUUAGCCAUUUUGGAACAAAGUGUCACAAGGGCCGAGUGAUAUCUUUUGGUAUGAUAUCGCUAGGAAUUGGAUCAGUAAUGGUUACACUUCCUCAUUUUCUGGCUGGAAAAUAUACUGUUGGUGAGAACGACAGUAUCAUUUGUGAUUCAAGUAGAAAAAGCCAAGAUUGUCAUAAUAUGAAUUCUUCAAAGAAUAAUUCAGUAUGGUAUCUAAUGUUGUUACUAUCGCAAAUGCUUGCCGGAUUUGGUGCUGCACCUUUGUUCACGUAUGGUAUAUCAUAUAUGGAUGAAAAUGUUGCACAAAAGAAUGUUGCAUUAUAUCUCGGUAUAUAUAGUGCUGCUUCGACUGUCGGUCCAGCUAUAGGAUUCAUCUCCGGAGCGCAAUUCUUAAAAAUUUGGGGAGAUAUAGGAAAGAGUAAUUACAAAGAAUUAGGCAUAAAUGGUCCAUCAGAUUCUCGUUGGUAUGGCGCGUGGUGGAUAGGAUUUCUUUGUGUUGGAGUAUUGAGUCUUUUGUCAUCCAUUCCUAUACUCGGCUUUCCAAAAGAACUUCCAGGCAUGCCUACGAACUUGAGAAACAAUGGUGAAUUGAUGUUUUACCUCGAUUACAAAAAUUUAGAAAAGCGAAAAAAUCGUCAGCAAGACAUUAAACAAACGCACAAGGACCUUGAUAAGAAUUACGGCAAAUCUAUUUCUGCCCAUUUAGAAAUCAUUUUAGCAUCAACCGUUUGUUUAAUGUUGCCUCACCUUAUUAUCGGUAAUGCAUUCCUUCUCUGCAAAAAUUUGGAAAAAAAUUUGGAAAAAAAAUUAUUAAAGAAUCUGCUACGUAAUCCAUCAGUGCUAUCAUUAAUUGCUUUGCAAACGAUAGAAUCAUUCUUAAUGAAUGGUUAUAUUACGUUUAUCCCAAAGGUAAUCGAAAAUCUUUUCGCAUAUUCAGCGAGUCGAGCAUCAUUAAUUACAGGCUUGAUUGUGGUACCAAUGGGUUUAUUUGGGAAUUUAUUUGGAGCAUUUUUAAUUAAAAAAACAGUCCAUUAUCGGCCAACAAUCGCUCUUGCUAUUUUUUUCAAUCUGUGCGCAUUGCUGUUCAGUCUUCUCUUCCUGCAUACUUGCAAACAGAAUCCAUUUGCUGGAGUUUCGCUGAAUUACGAAGGUAAAACCACCGAGUCAACCCAAUUAUUAGCCCCUUGCAACAAUAAAUGUGGUUGUUCUAAUGCUUACAAUCCUGUAUGUGACAAUCGAAAUCACAUCAACUAUUAUUCUGCUUGUUUUGCGGGAUGUACGACUCAUAUGAGCACAGUAAAUUUUCCAGUUAAAGUUUUCAUCAUCUUGACUCUGGGUUUUGCCAUGUAG